CUGAUGCUCGGUGUGCUACGGAGUGCAUUCUGUUACAUGCAGGAGGACCGUGCCAGAGGACGAGUGGAAAUAAUGUAGCCAUUCACUUCGGACAGCACAGCACACAUCAACGAUUCCCGGCUUGUUAUGGUCUUCGUUACUGAAGGUCCACUGCUGGUAGGGGAUAUUGGGCAUCACCUUUGGCAUCAGCAGAGUACCUUAGCUUCAGCAUCAGCAUCAGCGGAGUAUCUCAGCAUCAGGACCAUCAGCAUCACCGGAGUGCCUCAGCAUCAGGACCAUCAGCAUCAGCGGAGUGCCUCAGCAUCAGGACCAUCAUCGGUCUGGAGAGAGGGCGGGUCAGCAUGUUGGGGGCGUGAUCGCCGCCCUGGUGGUGGUGGUGGGGGCAGCAGCGGUGGCGAGAAGAGGAGCAGCAGUAGGACAGGGCGGCUACAGACACCCUGUAGGAGGAGGGGGGGAGGCCAUUGGACGGCGCGGAGGGCUGCUGUUGCAGUGGGGGAGGGGCACCACCGGGGGCAGCAGAGGGUCCGGCAGCCUCAAGACGCCUCACACACACCCCAAGCAGCCGACAUGAAGCUGAAACAGAGAGUGGUGGUGCUGUGUGCUGUGCUGCUGCUACUAGGACUGGCUAAGGUGUUCCUGUUAGACGGUGGCGAGGGCUCGGCUGCCAGCCGGCGUGACCUGCGUGCAUUCCGUAAGAUGGAGGCAGGGCUGGCAUUGGUGAAAGGGGCGCGGCUGACGCACACGCUGCAGUCGCCCUGGGAGGUGGCGGCGCAGUGGGUGGGUCCUCGCGAGGUCUACCCCGACGAGACGCCGGAGCUGGCCGCCGUGCUCACCGCACUGGCCACCGCCCGGGUGGAGCGAGCAGACGUGGGGUACAAGGGCACCCAGCUCAAGGCACUACUGGUACUCGACGGAGGACAGAAGGUGGUCUUCAAGCCCAAGAGGUACAGUAGAGAUUAUGUAGUAGAAGGUGAACCUUACGCUGGCUACGAUCGGCACAAUGCAGAAGUGGCAGCCUUCCACCUGGACAGGAUUCUGGGUUUCAGAAGAGCGCCCCUGGUGGUCGGGAGGUUAGUGAACCUGCGCACGGAAAUCAAGCCAGUGGCAACCGACCAGCUGGUCAGCACCUUCCUCAUGCAAGGCAACAACACCUGUUUCUAUGGGAAGUGCUACUACUGCCGUGAGAGUGAGCCUGCGUGUGCGGAGGGGGAGGUGAUGGAGGGCUCGGUGACGCUGUGGUUGCCAGAUGUGUGGCCUCUGCAGAAGCACAGACACCCCUGGGGACGCACCUACCGCGAGGGCAAGCUGGCCAGGUGGGAGUAUGAUGACAGCUACUGCGAAGCGGUGAAGAAGAUGCCUCCGUACGACGCGGGGCCCCGCCUCCUGGACGUCAUCGACACCGCCAUCUUCGACUACCUGAUCGGCAACGCAGACCGACAUCACUACGAGAGUUUCCAAGACGACGGAGGAGCCAGCAUGCUCAUACUGCUGGACAACGCCAAGAGUUUUGGCAACGCGGCGCUGGACGAGAGAAGCAUCCUGGCUCCCCUGUAUCAGUGCUGCAUGGUGCGCGUGUCCACGUGGAACCGUCUGAACCUGCUGGCUGGCGGUGUCCUGAGCGGUGCGCUGCGUCAGGCGACGGCUCACGACCCGGUGUCCCCCGUGCUGGCGGAGCCUCACCUGGCUGCCCUGGACCGACGGCUGGCCGCCGCCAUCGCCACCGUGCGGCAGUGCAUGGAGACCCAGGGCCCCGACAACACACUCAUAGAGGACCGCAUGAACCUGCCCCACCCCUAGAGGAGGAGGAGGAGGGGGAGAGAGGGGGAGGAGGAAGAGGAGGAGAGAGGAGCACCACAUGAACCUGCCCCACCCGUAGAGGAGGAGGAGGAGGGGGAGAGAGGGGGAGGAGGAAGAGGAGGAGAGAGGAGCACCACAUGAACCUGCCCCACCCCUAGAGGAGGAGGAGGAGGAGGAGAGAGGGGGAGGAGGAAGAGGGAGGAGAGAGGAGCACCACAUGAACCUGCCCCACCCGUAGAGGAGGAGGAGGAGGAGGAGGAGAGCUGAGGAUGGAGGAGGAGGAGGUGGAGGAGGAGAGAUGAGGGGGGAAGAAGGAGGAGAGAGGAGGACCGCAUGAACCUGCCCCACCCCUAGAGGAGCAGGAUGAGGGGGAGGAGGAUGGAGGAGCAGGAGGAGAGAGGAGGGGGGAAGAAGGAGGAGAGAGGAGCACCACAUGAACCUGCCCCACCCGUAGAGGAGGAGGAGGAGGAGGAGGAAGAGGGAGGAGAGCUGAGGAUGGAGAAAGAGCUGGAGGAGGUGGAGGAGGAGAGAUGAGGGGGGAAGAAGGAGGAGAGAGGAGGACCGCAUGAACCUGCCCCACCCCUGGAGGAGGA